CGCACGCACGCACGCGGGGGGCGGGGCAGGCGCGCGCCCGCGUGUCGCGACUGUCGGGGCCGAGGCCCAGGGGGUGGUGGCCUGUCGCGGGUCGCCCGGCUCCCGGAGGCGAGGGGGGCGCGGGCGGAUGGCGGAAGGUGCCCAGCCGCAGCAGUCGCCACAGCUCGGGCCCGGCGCCGCCGCCCGGGGCAUGAAGCGGGAGUCAGAGUUGGAGCUGCCGGUUCCCGGAGCGGGAGGAGACGGAGCCGAGCCCGGCCUGAGCAAGCGGCCGCGCACCGAGGAGGCGACGGCGGACGCCGGCGGCGGCGGGAUGCAGAACGAGCCUCUGACCCCAGGUUAUCAUGGAUUCCCAGGGCGGGAUAGCCAGGGUAACCAGGAGCCAACAACAACUCCUGAAGCAAUGGUUCAGCCUUUUACUACCAUCCCAUUCCCACCACCUCCACAGAACGGAAUUCCUACAGAAUACGGAGUGCCACACACUCAGGACUAUGCCGGCCAGACCAGUGAGCAUAACCUGACACUCUACGGAAGCACGCAAGGCCAUGGGGAGCAGAGCAGCAACUCGCCCAGCGCACAGAACGGAUCUCUUCCGACAGAAGGUGGAGCACAGACAGACGGCCAGCAAUCACAGACACAAAGUAGUGAGAAUUCUGAGAGUAAAUCUACCCCUAAACGACUACAUGUCUCUAAUAUCCCUUUUCGUUUCCGGGACCCUGACCUCCGGCAAAUGUUUGGGCAGUUUGGCAAAAUCCUAGAUGUAGAAAUAAUCUUUAAUGAGCGUGGCUCUAAGGGAUUCGGGUUCGUAACUUUCGAGAAUAGUGCUGAUGCAGACAGGGCCAGGGAGAAAUUACACGGCACCGUGGUAGAGGGCCGUAAAAUCGAGGUGAAUAAUGCCACAGCACGUGUAAUGACCAAUAAGAAGAUGGUCACACCAUAUGCAAAUGGUUGGAAAUUAAGUCCAGUAGUUGGAGCUGUAUAUGGCCCUGAAUUAUAUGCAGCAUCCAGCUUUCAAGCAGAUGUGUCCCUAGGCAAUGACGCGGCAGUGCCCCUAUCAGGAAGAGGGGGUAUCAACACUUACAUUCCUUUAAUCAGUCUCCCUUUAGUUCCUGGCUUCCCUUACCCAACUGCAGCCACCACGGCGGCUGCUUUCAGAGGAGCCCAUCUGAGGGGCAGAGGGCGGACAGUAUAUGGUGCAGUUCGAGCGGUACCUCCUACAGCCAUCCCCGCCUAUCCAGGUGUGGUUUACCAGGACGGAUUUUACGGUGCUGACCUCUAUAUAGAAUCUGCAAACUGCUUCAGAUCAAACAGGGUGGAUAUGCAGCCUACAGAUAUGCACAGCCUGCUACUGCAACUGCAGCCACAGCUGCUGCAGCCGCUGCAGCCGCUUACAGCGACGGUUAUGGCAGGGUAUACACAGCUGACCCCUACCAUGCCCUUGCCCCUGCCGCUAGCUAUGGAGUUGGCGCUGUGGCAAGUUUAUACCGAGGUGGCUACAGCCGAUUUGCCCCCUACUGAAGUGACGUGAGACCCCUGCAAAUGGGACAGCCCCCAGUCAUGAGGCCUGGCUAUUGCAAUAUUUACUAGUAGAGGAACUCUAUAGCAAGAUGAAGAGGAAAAACAAACAGACAAAAAAAAAAAAAACCCACAAAAAAAGAGAGAAUACUUUUUUAUACCUCACUAUGUUCUUUGAAUAUGUAUUUUUCCUUUAAAUUUUCUGCCUUUAAUUCUUUUGUUCCAAAGAUUGUGCAUUUUUCCUUUUUUUCUUUUUUUUUAAAUUGUGGUUAAAAAAAUAAGAUAAUGCAUUUCCAUGUCUGUAUGUCCAUGCUUAGCUUAUUCUAUCAAUCAUGGAAGAGGCAGUUAAUGAAGGAGAGACAUUGGUAGCUGAUAAAUGCAUUUGAUCAGAAAUCGGCAGACAGAAUUACCAAAGUGUAUCUGGUGCUGUGUGGCUGAGGGACAAGCAGAAGUAGAAGAGAUCUUUCUGCAGCAGCGUAUUCUGUAGUCUUCUGAAUUUCUGGUCUGUGGCAGGUGGUUCUGAUUGGCUGUGGCUGGAAUCCACAAGCCAAUAGAUAGGAAUUUGUGUUUGCUAAGCAGGAGAAUUAAACACUUUCCUCUCCUCUUCCUUCAUAUCUUCUCCAUACUUUCUACAAUCAUCUUAAUACAAAGCCUGAAACAGUUGGCAUCGUUUUUGGAAUUACAGUAUUGAUAUUUCCAAACAUGCCCUCAGGCUGAAUAAUAAACACCUCAUUAGGAAGUCAAUCUCAGAAUGAAUUCUGGAGUAUGAAAACACUUAAUUCUUUUCUUCCCUGUAAUCUAGCUUUCCUGCUGGGCUUCUGAUCCCCUUCAAUUGAACCACAGCUUAGCUCAUGUAUUCUUUUAUUAAUGUGCUGCUCCCAUGUCCUCAAGAUUCAGGAAUUUAGGACCCAGGGACAGAAGAAUGAAUAGCCAGUGGCCAGAUUUCCCCCAGGUAUAUGGGGACAGCGUGAGGAUUAAAAGUACAAAGUGUUUAGAGCCAUUAGAGGGGCUGCAGAAGAGAAAAGGAAUCCUGGAAGACCUGAUCUUCCUUACCUUGCAUCAAAAUGUAGUACAAACUAUUAAAAAUGGAAUAAAGAAUCUCUUGGGGAAAGAUAAGGCACCAAGCCCAGGGGUCAGCUGUCCCUGGAAGUUUCGGUGAUGAGGACAUGUGAGGGCAAUCAGGGGCGCUUUGUACUUGCUCCAAAGCCAUAGGAAUUUUCAUCUUCCAGAGCCUCCGCAAGUUCCGUCUCUACCCAGUCUCCAGCCCUCAUGGCCAUUGCACCCAGCUUCUCGUUGCCCUCCAGAGACACCCAGCUGAGCACCUGGACUACCUGGUGUGUGUUAACUCUGUAGGACACAAGCUCCAGAGCCCACAAUGGGAGGAGGAUUUGACGUGGCCGGGAUCUUCCUGCAGGGCCACAGCAGUGAGUCACUGCUCUUGCUGUCUGGCUUUGGUUUUAUGUUACCAAAAUCAGGAAGAAUGUAGUUCUCUUCCAACUCUUGUAACUGAUCAAAACAAGCAUCCUACAGCAUUUUCAAAAAGAAGGAAUUAGGAAAUAGACAAGUGUGUUGAUCUGCUUGGCUCCCUGGUUGGUUCCGUUGGUAUCGGAGUGACCUUUUACCCAAAGGAUAGCUGCUGAACCGAGUAAUUCAGAGACAUGGAGCUUCUGCUUUGUUGUGGGUUUGGUUUGGGUUUGUUUUUUCACUGCAGCCUGCACGUGUGUUCUUGACUGAAAACAUUCGUGUCCCUUAAUUAAAAUGACUGAUGGAUGUAUGACAGCAUGAAGCAUUCUUUGUAAACAGAGUGAUGUAUCUGGGAGAGCACUGGCCCGUGCUGUGUGACACACAUCCUCUCCCCUUCAAAUCCUCUGUCCUGGUACCCAGGGAGAGCAUGGACAUGAAGUAAAAUGAGAUGUCAAGGAAGCUGGAGGCCUCGAUGCAAUCAUUGAUCCUGGGGACACACAGAACAGGGACAGCCUGCCCAGCCCUUGGGCUGUUUGUAGAGUCCCUUCCCCCAAGCCAAAGUUUGGUUUGUUGUUGUUAAGACAAUUUUUGUUGUGUGUAUAUAAAUAUGUUAGGUAGGAGAAGGAGGAUAGGAUGUGGAGCUCUCACAGUUCUAGGGAAAGGGGGCAGGGAGAAUUUUGUUUGUUUUCUUUUGCUUUUGUAUUGAGGGGAAACUUUCACUAACUAAAGAAACAGAGAAAUUUUGGUCAUGUACAAUAAAGGCCUUUCUCACAAAAUGGCAAGCCACUCAACCCAGUGAAAACUAGGCCAAAUCUUACCUGGCCGUGUCCAUAGCAGGGGAGGAGAACAGGGGAAUGAGUUUAAGAAUGUUUUUCUUCUUUUUUCCUAGACAGAAAUAAGGAUGAUGGGCAAGGUCGAGAAGGCAGAUUCCCACAGUCCUUCCCAAGCAGGCAGAGGUUGAGCCUGAGGUACUUCUGUACCUUUCAGUUCGGCGGGUUCUGGCUGAGGCCUUGGGGGCGAGCUUCCCUUGCCAGUUCGACCAGCUGCCUCUCCCAGAAUGCGUCUUAAUGCUACUUCCUCAGCUCCCUUUUCUAGGGAAGAUUAAAUGGAGUUCUGCUCUUUAUAAAAAGAUGUUUGGUUUUCAGGGUCUGUGCUGAGAAUCGAGAUUCUCCUAAGCAUCUAGAGUUCGUGAUACCAGCCCUCCCCAUUAACUUUGAAUUUUGAGAAUGGUCAACGUCAUGAGAGGCAGGUUCCUCUGCAGCAAUGCCAGAUGACUCUGGUUCUUACUGGGUUCCUGGUUCUUACUGGGUUCAGAAACUGAGUCCAUGGAGUUCGGUAUUUUGUGAGUUCAUUCAAGGAUGCUGGUUGAUAUUUCCAAAACACUUAGCGAUACUGAGUCACAGUACAUGAAUGAGUUUGUUGAGUUUUACUGUAGUUCAUGACCUGGACUUUCUCUGCUGAGCACCUUACUCUUAGAAGCUGGGCUCCUUUAAGGAGACCUCUAGUGAAAACCUUUAUCUGAAUGCUCCUCUUUUAGCCCAGAGAGCUUCCCUUAGGUCUUCUCCAGAAAUCCAUGUGUUACUUAGUUUUAACUCCCACAGAUUCACCUCCACCAUUGUGAUUCACCAUUUUUAAGGCUCUCAGGUUUAACAAAACCUAUCACCAUUGUCCUCCAGCAGCCUCAGUCUGAAUUGAGCCCCACUGUAUUUUCUUUCUUUAAAAAAGAAGUGGACUGAGGCUCAGUUUUUAGUUUAAGGAGAGCUCAUGGCGAUUAGUCAAUAGAAAUCAACAAUAACAGCUUUUCCUCACAUGUGGACUCCUCAGGGGCCGAACAGCUCCUAGUUUAGGUUAUCCUUUGCUAGAGAUGUAGCAGAUAAGCCGGCUGUCACCAGUUUUAUCCCUGCCCACAUAGCUUCCGGGUAUGAGGGACUGUCAGGCAGGGAUGGAAGCAGCCCUAAGGAUAUGAUAACCUCUUUCCCUUCGGCAGGCAGGAGAAUAAGGCCGACCAAGGGCCAGUCUGGAAAGCACUUAAGACAUUUAAGGAAGAAGAGGGGAAACUGUGGUGAACCAUCCCCGAUAGCCCAGUGCAGCCUGUUCUCUGCUGCUUGCAACCCUCUAGCACAGUAACGUUUGCAGAAUUACGGAUUUUUUCCCCCACAGAUAUUAGGAGGAAAGGGAUUUGGGGGUGGGGUGGGGAAGGGGUUGUGGUGUUUUAAAAGCAUAAGUUUCCUGUUUGCACUGUUUUAAGAUAGGAAAAAAUAGUGGGCAAGGUGAGCAUCAAAUGUAAGCUUGUGUGUUUUAUUUUGUCAUGCUCUUGAAAAUGUCUGACAUUUGUAGUAUACACCAGUGACACUUGAUUCUCUGUUGCAUAAAACACUAUAUUUUUUUGGAAAUGUUACUGUCCAAAAGCCUCUUACCUCCCUUUCCUUCCUACAUACUUCAUCCUUGCUUUAUUGAUCAGCCAGGCAAUAGCCAUGCACGAGCUAGAGCGUGAAACAGGGCCCUUUCCAAGCAGGCUCUGGGUGUCCUAAGCCAGCGUGUGCCCUCUGGGUUACUGAGAAUAGUAGAGUCCCUGGCACCUGUCUUUAAAAACAAGGCUCACAGGCCAGACCACAGCAAGCUGUCACGUUCCUCAGUGAGACACCAGGAAUGCAGCGCCAAGGAAUGGAGGGGUUCCUGAAGUAUUGCAGUUGGCUGGCGUGGCAAGUUCUUAUCUAUGUUACCGAAACUGUAGCCAGUUACAGUUUACUCAGGAAAACGGUAGCUCAUUCAGCCAUGGUAGUGCUGGUUGGCAGGGAUUGGUAACUGAAAGGACUGCUCAUCAGCCAAAACUCAAACCUUGCCUUUAAGGAGACCCAUCAGCGUGGGACUUGGUCCUCCUUGUCUGGGAGUCACAUGCGUGCCAGUGAUGUAAGGCUCCAUUCACUUUGGCAAGAAAAAGGAGACAGAAAUUCUCUUUUCUCCCCCACCGCCUGCUCCUGUUACCAACAACAGAUUGCAGGGCUGGGCACAUGAGUUUUUGAGAUUUUUCAAAAAAAUUUUUCUUGAUUUGGUUAUUCUGGAGACUGAUAAGUACUUUAAGCAAUGUCUGUACCCCACCGAGACUCCCAGCUUGGUCUUUUUUUCUUUUUCUUUUUCUUUUCUUGUUUUUUUUUUUUUUUUUUUUUUUGUAUUUAAUGUUCACAGUAUUUGUGAGUGUGUGUGUGCUUGUUUUGGCAGUUCAUUUUGGCUGAUAUAUAUAUAUAUAGAGAGAGAGAGAGAGUGAUGAAUUGAUCCUCUCCCCCCCACACGCAGUUUUUGUUUUGUUUUAUAUUUUCUUGUGUUACUCUGCUUGUGAAUAGCUGGAGCCACGCUGGGGCUGACAUGUAAGCUAGGGCUGCAAAGUGAGAAGAGAGCCAGCGGAGUUCACUUGUCCUUGACAGGCUGACCGACCUGUGACUCUGAACUUUUCAGUCCCAAUCUUUGCAAGGCUCAAAAUGCCGCAGAACCUCUCCUCUCCUCUCCACCCCCAUGGCAGGGACUGGCCAACCCGACAUGCAACAUGCAGUUUCUCUGGCCUCUCCCGUUGCCAUGGCAGCACAGGUACCUUCGGGGCACGGGGGCAUCCCAUGGGAUGCUUGUACAAUUGACCACCUAGCCUUCUCCCCUCCCCAUCCUGUCCUCCCCAGAAUCACUUCCUAGGACACCCGAGCUGCUUGCCCAGGAUCCUGUUUCCCUGCUAACUCCAGAGAAACAUCCCAGGGCUUUGUGACAGUCUCUGAUUCCUUUUCCUUCUCAUUAAGAAUCAUAUUGUAUAGUAGCUUUCAGACCAUACAGUAUUCAUUGGGUUACUCCUAUUAUUAUCAAGUAGCUGGAAUUGUGAAGGUCGGAGUAGUUAGAUCUUUAGCUUUUAUUCCUUUUUUUUUUGUAUUACUCUCCAUGUGUAUAAAUUAUUGAUCAUGUUGCUGGCUUUUAUAAACUCUAAGCAAAGGAGGAGCACUGCCUCAUCCUUUGCCAAUGGUAAUGAAGCACUGUUUUUCAAUAAAAGAGAGAAACACCA